AUGAGUGCGAGAGUUGGUAGUGUGAUAGUCAUAACACUUUUCGCUCUGAAUAGCGUUCAGGCAUGCGGCAGAAAUCCACCGCCCGGCACUAUCUACGAUUUCAGCGUCACUGAUAUUGAUGGGCAAAACGUUCUACUAAGUAAAUACAGAAAUAAAGUUUGCAUAAUUGUGAACCUUCAAAGAUUGUAUACCAAAUAUGCUGAAGGACAGGAACCCGGCACCGAUGAAGAAAUCAAACAGCGCGUAUUGGCCAAGUACAAUGUUACAUUUGAUUUGUUCCACAAAAUUGAUGUGAAUGGUGACAACGCGAUCCCAUUGUACAAGUUCCUGAAACAAUCCUUGUCAUCUUGGUUUUCUAGGAAUAUUGAAUGGAAUUUCGUCAAGUUUUUAGUAGAUAAAAAUGGAUAUCCUAUAUCUCGCUAUAGUUCAAUAACUCCUCCGAAUAGUAUGGAAUCAGAAAUUAGACAGUUACUUGGCCUUUCUAGUGAGCUCUAA